AUAUUAUGAAGUUUCAUUUAAUGAGUUUAAGAAAUAUGUAAAAAGUAUUGAAGAUGAUGAAAUUUUAUCAGAUUUACUUCCCGCAAUUAAAAAAAUUACUGGAGUUAAAGAAUAUACAGGACUUUAUGCAAUUAAAAAAAUUAGUGGAGUUAAAGACUUAAAUGAAGACACUGUACUUUAUACAAUCAAAAAAGUUAAUGAAUCGAAAGACUUAAAAGAAGACAUUGCACUUCACGCACUCAAAGAAAUUAUUAAAGGUAUUGAAGGUGAAGACUCAAAUAACAACAAUACUAAAGACUGGAACUAUGAUGACAUGGCACCGGUUGAAAAUGAUAUGACACUAGAUGAAAAUUAG